CGCUUAGGGGAGAUGGCUAGUCAGAUCGAGACUUCGAUGCCGAUACUGACAUAAGAGAGGAGCUAGGCGCCCAUGCCCUUGCCAUGGACCGAUAUAUGCGCGCGCAUAUGUCCAAAUGCCUGCUUAGGCUCAAUCCCAAGCGUUCGUACUAUGUUGUUCAAGUACCGAAGCAGAGGGAGUUCAAGCAGACGAGGUUGAAGCUGGGGCUCAAGGUCCUCAUGGGUCACUACGACAACGUAUACACCAAGAGCUUCAACGAGCUCUUUAGAGGUACCAGAUAUGACCUCAGUUGUAGCUCUCGGAGCCUUCAACCCCCACAAAUCAUAGAACCUGAGGGGUUUCGGGCAGAUGCUCAGGACCAGCCCCUAACGGCUAUCUCAUGGGAUCUUGUGGCACGGCGAAUGACUCUACUCUCCCGUAUACACAUCGCGGCGCGCGAGGUUGUGCGGAUCAACGUGGUCCUCCGCGGUGCUAGCCAAAGGAAGCAGCAGGUAGAAACAGAAACAGACACAGCAAAGCAAGUCCUAGACUGGACUGCCCCUGUGCAGUUCAGGAUCCUGGGCGAUUAUCGGCCAUCGUCUGUUUCUCUUUUCCUUGCACAUUCUGAUGGUUAG